UGUGCGUUUACGUUUGUUGUUUGCACUUUUAAAAGUUGAAAAGCGUGUCUCUGAUCUGAAUUCUGAACCAUAGCUUACUCAUUCAUUCAUUCAUGAGCAGUGACGACGUCGUUUUGCGUUGUUAAUGUUGUAAGUAACGUACGUAGAUGGAAUCUUCAGUUGACGCAGUUGAGAACAUAAUCGGUUACACAUUCAAAAACAAGAAGCUUCUAGAACAAGCCCUAACACACUCUUCUUACCCCGAAUCCGUUUCUUACGAGCGUCUCGAAUUCCUAGGCGACGCCGUUUUAGGACUCGCUAUCAGUAACCACCUUUUCCUCGCUUACACUUCCGUUCAUCCCGGUAAACUCUCUCUCCUCCGUGCCGCCAACGUCAGCACCGAGAAACUCGCUCGCGCCGCCGUUCGUCAUGGUCUUCACCGCUACUUCCGUCACAACACCAUUUCUCUCGUUGACAAAGUUACUGAGUUUGUCGACGCCGUUGCUCGAGAGAAGAAUCAUCGUGCUCUUGUUGUUUAUGGUGGAUUGGUGAAAGCUCCUAAGAUUCUUGCUGAUAUUGUUGAAUCUAUUGCUGCUGCUGUUUACGUUGAUGUUGAUUUCGAUCUUCAAAGAUUAUGGGUGAUAAUAAGAGGUCUUUUGGAGCCGAUAGUAACACUGGAUGAUCUGGAACAACAACCGCAACCAGUGACAAUGCUGUUUGAGAUUUGCCAAAAGAAUGGCAAAAAAGUUGACAUAAAACACGGGAGGAGUGCUACCAAAAGUACUGCCAGUGUCUAUGUUGAUGGACAACUUUUUGCCUCGGCUUCCUCUGAUCAGAAGGACAUUGCAAGGCUUGAUGCUGCCAAGGUUGCCUUGCAUAAACUGGAGCAUAUGCUGCCUGCCACUGCCAGUACCGUGAUGUUUGACUGUUGUGCCGGCGGCAUUGAUGAUACCUUUGAGAUUGAAGCUGCCAAGCAGAAGUUAUACGCAAUUUGUGGGACAAAAAAAUGGCCUAAACCAGUAUACAGUAUUGAGAAAGACGAAGGUACUCCCCAGGAAAAGAAAUUUGUCACCUCUGUUCAGAUAGCUACUCCAGGUGGUAUACUCCAAAUGUCAGGGGACGAAAGGUCUCGCGUGAAGGAUGCAGAUAACUCUGCAGCUUCCUUUAUGAUUCGCGCCUUACAAGAAUGCAAAUGGUUACUCAGUAUCUGACUUGCUGUUUCACUUGACACCGUGUUUGGAUUGGUGGUUAGUUCGACAGAAACAUGGUCUACCACUGUGAUUUUGGCAAAAAUUACAUUUUGGACUCUCAACAAAAAUCACUGUAAUCUAAACAUACUUUAAUGUGUAUUUAAUGAGUAAAUGAUGAUAUCUUGCCCAUGUGUGUUUGGGUGAAGUAACUCUGAUCUUUAUAUGUUCCGCCAAGGAACAACUUGUUUUUCCAAAGGGAAAGGGAACACUUUAAAAUGAUAAGUGUGGAAUUUUAGCCUCA